UAAUCCUUAUUAUAUUUUAUUAUUAUUAGCAGAGAAAAUUGAAGAUCGAACCGAAGUUAGUCGAUAAAAAUGGAGGUUUAUCUUUUACUUUUAUUGACGGAGGAAAUUGGAGAUAAGAGUCGAAACCAGUGGACAGAAUUCAUAAGACUGUCGGAAGAGGAAAAAUGCUUCGUACACAGAUAUACAGAAUCCAACCACUUGAAUCCCCCCAACCCUUUCUCCUACCUCUAGUGAAGCAGAAUGGUUUCAUGUUCUUUGAUCGAUUAGUUAUUUCUCUCCGUUUGUAUCUCUUUCUCCAAUGUUGGUCUCAAUUACACAAGAUUGUUUUCCAAGGUAGUAAAUUACUAUUGGAGUAGUUAGAUGUAAUACAAUUAUACGCAUCACACACUUAAAAUCGAUGGAGUCCAAGUCAAAGCCCGAGAAAGCACGAUAUCCGAAGCUCAAAAACCUCGAUUACGAUACUUUUACUUCCAGGGGGACGACCUCUGACUUUGAUGAUCGCAGCUUUCGAGUCUUGGGGAUUGAUGGAGAGUUUGAUGCGAUUUUUCAGAGUUUGGGACUCUCCGGACCCGAUGAUUUUGCGAUUCCUGCUGCUGAUUGGGAGUCGAUGAAGCUCCGAUCUUCUUGGGGUAAAAGCUUUAGAGAUGGUGAAUUGAGUGAUAAGUUUAGUGAGAAUGUUAGGGUUACGGUUAGUAAUGUUAGAGGGAUUAGUGGUGCUCGGCCUCCGGUUUUGACGCCUCCUCCUUGGGAUAUUAUGAGGUUGUUUGCGCCGCAUGGUGAUGAGAAUGUGAAUGUACGUGAUUAUGGUGAUGUGGACAAGGAGUCUGCUAGGAUUAGUAAUGAGAAUAAGUUAAUUGGUAAUGUUGGUGACUAUGAUGACAUGGACAAUGAGUCAUAUUUUUCUGAUGAAUAUGAUUCUUCCAGUAUUACUACAUAUUCUUCCACCACUACUGUAUCUAGAACAACUAUAAGCUCCUGGCAGAAGGGAAGGCUGCUGGGACGUGGCUCGCUCGGGUCAGUAUAUGAAGGAAUUACCGAUGGUGGCUUCUUCUUUGCUGUGAAAGAAAUUUCUUUGCUCCAUCAGGGAAGACAAAGUAUUUCCCAACUUGAACAGGAAAUUCAUCUUCUGAGUAAAUGCGAGCAUGAAAAUAUUGUUCGAUAUCUUGGUACUGAACAGACUGAAUCAAAUCUUUAUAUCUUUCUUGAAUUGGCAAGCAAAGGAUCUCUUUUGAGUCUCUAUCAGCAGUAUCACUUUCGAGAUCCCCUAGUCUCUGUUUACACAAGGCAGAUAUUAAAUGGUCUGAAGUAUUUGCAUGAUGGAAAUGUUGUUCACAGGGAUAUCAAAUGUGCAAAUAUAUUGGUGGAUACUAAUGGGACGGUGAAACUCGCUGACUUUGGUUUAGCAAAGUCUUCUAAGUUGAAUGAUGUGCAAUCCUGCAAGGGAACAGCUUUCUGGAUGGCUCCUGAGGUUGUUAAUAGGAGCCGGAGUUAUGGGCUAGCAGCAGAUAUAUGGAGUCUAGGGUGCACUGUUUUGGAGAUAUUGACUGGUCAACACCCUUACUACCCUCUGGAUGCUAUGCAGGCAGUAUAUAGGAUUGGGAAUUGUAUCCCGCCACGUGUUCCUGAAUAUAUCUCUAUAGAGGCACGAGAUUUCAUCCUCAAGUGCCUACAAGUUAACCCAUCUUCUCGUCCCACAGCUGCUCAGCUGUUGAAUCAUCCUUUUGUGAAGAAAUCAUUUCAUUACGGAGAAGUUGUUUCAGCUCAAGGUAAGUCUAGGCCAGUUAUAAGCUCUUGGGAGAAGGGGAAGCUAUUGGUACUUGGCUUGUUCGGGUCGGUAUAUGAAGGAAGUGCUGAAAUGGAAGUACUACUAGACUUCCAUAAAAGUGAGGGUAGUCUUCUUGACAUUACAGACUUAUUUAGUCUGUUGGAAAAUGGAGUGCAAUAUGAAUUCCUCAAAUCCAAAUCUGUAGCAGUGAGGAGCCUUAAGGUGAUCUCCAUAAGUAAUUCCCAAAUCCCCGAGAUUCCAGAUAAUUUAAGCUUCCCAGAUCUCGAAGAGUUAUAUCUGCAUUCAAACCUUCAUUUGAGUUAUAUUCCUCCUUCAUUCUUUAAGCAUAUGCCAGCUCUGAAAGUCCUAGAUAUGUCAGACACAAGUAUUAAAAAUUUGGCGCCACCUGUUUUUGAAUUGUUCGCACUGGAACAACUUAUUUUGCGACGUUGUGAACUUCUGAUGGAACUGCCACCUGAAAUCAGUGCCCUUACGAAUCUCAAAGUGUUGGAUCUUGAAGGAACUGACCUUGUUUGUUUACCAGAUGAACUCAAAGAGUUAACUAACUUAAAGUGUUUAAAGAUUUCCUUGUAUGAUGCUGAGAGCUACAGAAAAAGCAAGAAAAUAGUUUCCAUAAUCCCGGCGGCAGUACUGUCAAAACUCAGUCGGUUGAAGGAACUAAGCAUAGUUGUUGAUCCACAGGAUGUCUGGUGUAAUGCUGCAAUGAAGGCUAUCAUUGAAGACCUGCCUAGUCUGAGAAAACUAAAAACUCUCAAGUUGUAUCUCCCAACUACUGAACUUCUUAAUGAUCUCGUGGAGCUUAAGUGGAACAACGAUGACUUGCCUAUCUACCAAAAUUUAUCAAAUUUCAAUUUCAUUAUUGGUCCUUGUUCUCAGCAUUUCAUAUCUCGUCUUCCAAGUGACCUUGAGGAGGAGUUCCUGAAAUUAAAGAAGUGUCUAAAAUACAUUAAUGGCGAGGACAUCACGACUCAGUUUGCUGAAGCACUGAAACAUGCAAAUGCUUUGUAUCUAGAUCGUCACUGGACUAUGCAGAAUCUCUCCAUCUUAAAGGAAUCUAAUGAGUUGAAGUUCUGCUUGUUGGUGGAUUGCAAUGAGAUGCAAGUUGUUUUUGAUGGUAGUGACUUUAAUCACAGGGUAGCUAACAAAGGAGAGAAUCUUCUUUCAUUGCAAUACUUGGCCAUUCACUACCUAAAGAAUUUAGAGGUAAUCUGGAACGGGCCAGGUACUGGAUGUUGCUUGCGUACUUUGAGGGUACUGGUCCUGCAUAUGUGCCCAAACUUGACCACCGUUUUCACUCCAGUGCUACUAGGAGAUCUACAUAACUUGCAAGAAAUAAUAGUUGAGGAUUGCUGCAAAAUCACAAACCUAAUAGCUGAAGACUCGACUCAAUUGACAUCUAAAGAAACUCUCCCUGGAUUAAAAAAAUUGUCACUUCUCUACCUACCCGAGUUGGUGAGCAUAUCUAGUGGCUUAAGCAUUGGUUCGGAACUGGAAAAUCUAGUCAUUUAUGAUUGCCCGAAGCUAAAAAGACUUCCUUCCCUGGGAAUGUGCAAUAAAGAUUUUAUAGAAAUUAGAGGAGAGAGUGAAUGGUGGGAUGCUUUGAAAUGGAAUACACCAGAAUGGGAUGGUGGCCAACCUCAUUAUCUACGUCGCGCAUUCUCUGAACUUGACACAGACGAAGAUUAUCUGGAUGAGUUUGCACUGCAAUAUAGAAAUUCACUGCGCCUCUUUGUGGAAGAAUGUGCUGCUAAUUAACAUGGUAGCUUAUCAUUCAAUCUUCUUUUAUAUGUUCAUUACAUGUAAAUGGUUCAUCAGUUGCCUCCUUGAAAACUUUAAUUUGGUUGUUGUAUGCACUUCUCUUUAUAAUUUUAUGAAGAUAUGUUACUGAGUAUAAAAAUAUAUUUACAAAAUCAUAA